UGGCGUACACUUACAAUAACAAUGCCUUUAUUUCUCUUGUGACCUAAAUAACUAUUAUUGAAUGAAAUCGUAAGAAUGAAAAUGAUCAUUACAAAUAGGGUUGUUUGUGGUCCCAUUAGGUCAUACUUCAACUAUCUCAUCUCAUUGAUAAGAUAUAAAUUAUAAACAUCCCACGAAGGUGAAAAGUCAACCACAAGAUAAACUAACACUCGAUAACUAUCAAAACCCGUGACAAAAACCACAAAAUCUUUAUCAAUCUGUAAACACGUCGAAAACUUAAAUUUCACACAAACUUUUCCACACUUUCAUUUUCGUAUCUUCCAUAGUGAGCAUGAAAAUCAAUUCGCGUUUACAUUGAUUCCAUCAGUGGCAAUAACGCGAUGAUGUAUCGCCACUCAAACCUCAAUUAACUUAUCAUAAAGAUAUUUUAGUCCUGGCAGUGAUACGGUGCCAACAGUACAAACAACAUGUCUGACCUAAAGAUCCCAAAUUUAGAAGACCUCCUCCAACUCGACGAAAAAAUCGUCUCCACACAAAUCAAAUGUCUAACGGCACCGGGCGAAAAUUACGGCAGUUUAAUGUUAAGUGUGGAUAUCACCACCGAAACUACCGACCUACAAAUUGUGGCCAAAACCCUCCCCCCGAAUCCCAAAAUGCAGGAAAUGUUCAACUGCCCAGUGACCUUCCGCAACGAAAUCGCGUUCUAUAAAUCAAUCAUUCCGACGUUACGCAGCUUCCAGAAGGAGCAUGGGGUGAAGAAGGUGAUGAAUUUCGCAGCGAAGUACUACGGAAGUCGGCCGAAUUUGCACCACAAAGACGAGAAGAUCGAUAAAGACGCGGUACUGCUUCUGGAGAAUCUCAAGGUUAGUGGUUUCGUUAACCUGGAGCGGACCGAAGGGUUUGAUUUGGAUACCUCGAAGCUCAUUCUGCACGAUCUGGCGCAGCUGCACGGAAUCAGCAUCGCGCUAAAACUGCAAGAACCGAAAAUCUUCAAGCAGUUGGUACAGCCGCUCAUGGAGUCGCUGUCUGUGUCUAAAGAAGUACUCGAUGAUUGGGAAGACAAGUAUUUGAAGAUUAUUCACAGCAUUCCUCGACUAGAACCGUAUUUAGAUCGUUUGAAGAAGGUGAAUCUAGACAUUUACCCGCCGCCACCAGCCCGCGAACCCUUUGCUACCGUCUCCCACAACGACUGCUGGGUUAACAACACCAUGGUACAACUCCAAAAUGGGAAAGCAGUUCAAAGUAGGUUAGUCGAUUUUCAAAUCAGCGAUUACGCGUCUCCGGCUAAAGAUGUGUUGUUCUUUUUGUUUUCGAGCAUCAAAAAUGACAUUCUGAGGAAGGAGUGUGACAAUUUGAUUCGGUACUAUCAUGACAAUUUGAUUGAAGUACUGAAGGAACUGAAGUGUGAUACGCAACCCUUUUGUUUCGAGGAAUUUCAGAAGGAGUUGGAUUUUGAAGCGGUUCGUACGCAGUUCGCACAUUUAGCUUUGAUGCUUUUCCCAAUUUUUGCACCCAAGUUGGAUGUGAAAGAUAUGGCGGACAUUAAACCCUCGGAUAUAGGGAAUAACGAACCUACAGAGUUGCAUAAGGAGAAGUUGGUGUUCAUUGUGGAGGAGUUUGCGAAGAGGGCGUGGAUUUGAUAAAGCGUGUAAAGUUUGUGGCCUAAAAAUAAUGUGUUCCGUAUUUAUAACAUAACAAAGACAGAGAGAGUAUUAAAAAUACAUACUUAUUAUUUUGUACUAUAGUUGGGUCUACGACGUCAACAGAAUCGUACUUGUAACUUAUUGAAAUAAAUAAAAGACUAUU